AUGAGUGCUGACGUGCUAUUGAAACAGCGCAAGGACGGUGUCCGUGGCGAAGUCAACCGCGGCAAGAAACCGCCACGGGAACGACGCCACACAUGCGAGAUAUGCGACAAAUCAUUUCAAUGUGACAGUCAUCUUGUGACACAUCGCCGUAUUCAUACGGGCGAAAAGCCCUAUCGUUGUCACAUAUGUGCUCAAUCAUUUACGGAGCAGUGCAAUCUCGCGAGGCAUCUCAGUACUCAUUCAGGCGAGAAACCCUACCAGUGCGCAACAUGCAAUCAAUCCUUUACAGAGUCAGCAAGUAUUCGCAGACAUGAACUCACGCAUACCGGCGAGAGGCCGUUUAAAUGCGAAAUAUGUGUUAAAACCUUUAGUAACAAGCAUCAUCUCGCGAUACAUCGUCACGUGCAUACGGGCGAGAAGCCCUAUCAUUGCAGCAUAUGUGGUAAAUCAUUUUCAAGAAAGGAUAACCUUGAUGUACAUCACCGCAUUCACACAUGCGUCAAGCCCUAUCAUUGCGACAUGUGUGUUAAAUCAUUUUCAAGACAGGGAGAUCUUUAUAGACAUCGCCGCACUCACACAGGCGAGAAGCCCUUCAAGUGCACGACAUGCACAAUGUCUUUCGCACAGAAAGGAAAUCUUCGCAUACAUGAACGCACUCAUACGCGCGAGAAGCCCUUCAAGUGCACGACAUGCACGAUGUCCUUCACCCAGCAAGGACAUCUUCGCAUACAUGAACGUACUCAUACGGGCGAAAGGCCUUAUAAAUGCAAGAUGUUUCGGGGUGGCUGCCGCGAGCCCGCUGUGCUGAGAGCUGCUGCGGAGCUACCAAGCUUUCGCUACCCUACUACUGCUGCUGCUGCUGCUGCUGCUGCUGCUGCUGCAGAAGGCCGUAUCAUGGCGUUGUACGACUCACGUUGA